AUGCAGUCCGGCAUAACCGUUUCAAAAGAGCUGCAAGACGCCUUUAACGAGCUGGUCUCCACCCCGAGCCAACGCGGCAUCGUAGCAACCAUCUCCUCCGAGGCCCUCAUCCCCCAGCACACCCUUCCCUCCAAGUCCACCGAUUUCUUCAGCGAUCUACCUGCUCUUACACCACUCCUCUCCACCACCGCAGCCUCCUACAUAAUCCUCCGGCGGUAUCAGAAUGCACCGGAUGGCUAUGUUGCCGUCACUUACAUCCCCGAUACGGCGCCCGUCCGGCAAAAGAUGCUUUUCGCCGCCACACGGUUGACGUUGGUGCGCGAAUUGGGCACGGAGAGGUUCAGAGAGUCUCUUUUUGUGACGGAGAUGAGGGAGCUGGAGAGAGAGGGGUGGGAGAAACAUGAUGCCCAUGGGGCCUUGAGCGCGCCAUUGACGGAAGAGGAAGAGAAUCUGAAGGGGAUCAAGGAGGCUGAGGCCGAGGCAAAGGGAGGAACGGAGGGAAGGAGGUUGGAGACGGGCGGUAAGCUGAGCAUUGCUACAAGCACGGAAGCGAGAGAGGCACUAGGUAUGUUCAGGGUAGGGGAAGGAGGGAACUUAUUGCAAUUGAACAUCAAUGUCAAGGACGAGACAAUUGAGCUCGUGGGAUCGAGCAGCACAGACGCUGAUGGGUUGGCUUCGGCUAUAUCCGACACGGAACCUCGGUACUCUUUUUUCAGGUAUUCGCACCAGGUAGAAGGAAGCGAGCAGACGCCCAUAGUGUUCAUAUACACCUGCCCGUCGGGGUCGAAGAUCAAAGAGCGUAUGGUGUACGCAUCAACCAAGCAAGGUUUCCUGGCUUCUAUGAGCUCAGAGAUGGGAGUCGAAAUCGCGAAGAAGCUCGAGGUCUCGAGUCCUACCGAGAUCACUGCUUCAACUUUAGAAGAGGAGUUUCGGCCCAAGCAGGAGCAGAAGCAGGGCUUUUCGAGACCCAAGAGGCCUGGGAAGAGGUGA